AUGUCCAACCCAUCUUUAGUGUUAAACAAAAUUGACGAUAUCUCGUUUGAAACCUACGAGCUGCCUGUCAUCUCCGACCCACAUGAAGUUAUUGUCGAAGUCAAAAAGACCGGUAUCUGUGGUUCAGACAUUCAUUACUAUGCUCAUGGUAAAAUAGGUCCAUUCGUCUUGACCAAACCAAUGGUAUUGGGCCAUGAAUCUUCUGGUGUGGUUUCAAAAGUCGGGGAAAAAGUCACCACUUUGAAAGUUGGUGACAAUGUUGCAAUUGAACCUGGUGUGCCAUCCAGAUUAAGCGAUGAGUACAAAAGUGGUCAUUAUAAUUUAUGCCCACACAUGUGCUUUGCAGCCACUCCAAAUUCCACUGAAGGUGAACCUAACCCUCCUGGAACUUUAUGUAGAUACUACAAGUGCCCAGAAGACUUCUUGGUAAAGUUACCUGACCAUGUUUCCCUAGAAUUGGGUGCUUUAGUAGAACCAUUGACAGUUGGAGUUCAUGCUUCCAAAUUAGCCAAAAUUACAUUGGGAGACAAAGUGGUCGUUUUCGGUGCUGGUCCUGUUGGUUUAUUAGCUGCUGCCGCUGCAAAGUCAUUCGGUGCUACUGCGAUCAUUAUUGUUGAUAUUUUCGACGCAAAGUUGGAAAUGGCAAAGAAGAUCGGAGUUGCAACUCACAGUUUCAACUCCAAGACCGAAGGUAAUUUUGAGAAAUUAUUGGCCAAGUUCGACAACGUAAAACCUACAGUUGUUUUGGAAUGUACAGGAGCUGCACCAUGUAUCAAUAUGGGAGUUCAAGUAUUGCUGGCCGGAGGUAGAUUUGUUCAAAUUGGUAAUGCGCCAGGACCAGUCUCGUUUCCAAUUACAGAGUUUGCUACAAAAGAAUUAACUUUAUAUGGCUCAUUUAGAUACGGUUACGAUGACUACAAAUCGAGUGUUACUAUUUUGGACAGAAAUUAUGCUAAGGGUAAGGAAAAUGCACCAAUUGACUUUGAACUGUUGAUCACCCAUAGAUUUAAGUUCCAAGAUGCUGUUAAGGCGUAUGAUUUAGUGAGAGGAGGCAAUGGGUGUGUGAAGUGCAUCAUCGAUGGACCUGAAAAUUAG